AUGCCCGCCGAGGGGCUCGAGUCUUGGAACCCCAUGCCCGGUUCCACCGCGGGGAAGGCAGAGGUGAACCCAGUAUUGCCUCCCGCACCGCCAGACCCCCGCCCCCCGCCCGCCUGUCGUCAUGGCAACCGCGCACUGACGCGGGCCCCCCAGAGCGGCGGUCGCCGACUGACACGCCGCACGACCAGCCUCGCGUCUUCACCACGCCGCGUCCAGCGUCCUCCCCAGACAGCAUCCCUCCGAGCUACCCCAUCAUCCUCCCACGAGGUUGCCCAUUCCGGGCUGGUGCAGAACGGUCCACUGCUAUCCCUCCGGCCUCCGCCCAGGGCGGCCCGCUCUGCCCACCUGCGUCCCGGCCCGGCGCCACAGUUCCGCUGCAGACACCUCUCCUGCUCCCACCUCUCACCCAGAGGGCGGGCGAGAGGCCCUCUGUCUCCACUUCCCUCUGCUCAGAGUCCCAGUCGCCAGGGCGCUCAUGACCCGCCUGCUCACCGACGUCCCCGCUCACCUCUAGCUUCUAGCGAGCGCCCCUCACCCGGCCUGGGCAGGGGCGGCCGGCCCCAAGGUGGGAGUCCGUUGCGCCCCCAGCCCCGGGCUCGGAUUCCAGAUGGAGCCCGACCCUGUGGAGGCGCAGAGCGGGCCCAUAACCCCGACCUUUUUCCCGGUCUGCCCGCCGGCGCCCCUGCUGUCCCUCCCCGCCGCGUCACUGCGGCCGCCCCGCCCCCUUCCUGGGCUCGGCUAGCCCUCCCCACCCCGGCAGGGUCGGGGCAGCCCCGCCCGCAGCGCAUCAGGGCAGGCCCCUGCCUUCCUUCCUUCUUCAAGGCUGAUGGGGAGGAGACCGGUACCAAUAUACCACAGUUCUUUACUUCUGUGCUGCCUGGACACCCCAAGGAUUCUCGGUUUCAUUUCGCUGGGCAGCCCUCCUGUGUGUGUGGAAGAGGUGGAAUUUGA